UACCAUUCUUUAAGGCCAUCAAACCACCUCAAAUUGACUGAUUACAUGGACUUUCUGAUUGAUUACAUGUGAUUCCAGCUUAUUUUAUUUUCCGCAUGUCUUACGCUUGACAUAACGUUGACCACGUGUAAGCUGAUCUCCUGUGUCUGUGGGUUACUGCCUUAGAGUCUUGAAGUUCCUCACUUAAUCCCUUUUUUCCCCACAUAGCUUUAAAUCUUCAGACACAAGCCUGAUCAGAAGUUGACACGCGGAAAAAAACAUCCGAGCCGUUUACAGAACUGAGCACUUCCUGCUGCUUCACAAAGUAGUAAUCAGAGCAUCAGGACACGCAGAGCAGACAUGUGACACACAGCAGCACCUGAACUCUGCUCCUGAAACCUCUCCAUCGGCAAGUCAAGAUUACCACAGUCUGCAUGACACUGCUCCAGAGAUGUUCUUCUGCAGACACUGAAAUGAGCUGAAGUCAAUUUUGAUUACUUUUUAUUCCCACAUCCAUCCCUCUGCAGCAAGAUCUUUUAUUCAACAAUGAUGCUCUUCAGCACGAAGGCAUGCCUGACUCUCCUUUGGGGAAUAUCUGCAUUGUUUUCCACGGGGACCAAGAGUGUUUCCAUCCCAGAAACCAGCAGCAGCAACUCCACUGCUGAACCAAACAACGGGCCGCUCACCACUGAACACGUGCCUUAUAAUGAAACAGAGACUCAGCCUACGAGCUGGGAUCCAACUCAACAACCUGCAAAAGUUACUGUUGCUGCAAAAGUAGAGGCCACUGUCUCACCCACAAUGGAAACAGAAGAGAUAGUUGUGAGUAACAGAAGUGACAGCUCAAAUGACAGCAUGGCUGGUUUGGUUGUCAUGAACACUGUAGCCACAGCUACAAACAGCUCCACGGUAGCAAGUUCACCACUGCUUCAUACAUCCACAGCAGCAGUCACAGCUGCAGGUGAUGCACAGCGUUCCCAUAGCACGGUGAUCUCAGAAACAGCUAAACCCACAGCAGAUCGGUUGGUAAAACAAUCACCCUCCACUUCUACUGACGUGGCAGCACCCACAACAACGCCAACAGCAACAAUAACAAACAGCUCCACGGUAGCAAGUCCAGCACUGCUUCAUACGUCCACAGCGGAGGCCACAACCGCAGGCGAUGCACGGGGUUCCCAUAAUUCGGUGAUCUCAGAAACAGCUAAACCUACAGGUGGUCAACUGGGGGAACAAUCACCCUCCGCUUCUACUGACAUGGCAGCUUCUGCAACAACUUCAACAGCAACUUCAUCAGCUCCAGCUUCCUCGGCUUCUACUAAGACCACGAUGACAACAAAUUCCACCUCUGAGGCAGCGCCUGUGUUUGGCCACAAUUCUUUAUCCUUCACAACAACCGAGACACCCACCACCAGCACUGAGCAUUUGUCUACGUCUCAGCCCAUUUCUGGCACAGGAACCCGCAUCGCCACAUCGCAGUCUCCUGACUCAACAGGGUCGAGCUUCACCACCGAGACUCUCACUCACACAGUCUUAAAUGACUCUGACACCUCAACUUCUAACGGCUCUGCCAGAAUCCUGAACCCUUACGUUCCCAAGAUGGUUCCAUCGACCAGAUCAACUCCAGCAACGCCAGCAACUCCAGCAGCGCCUUGUGAAGCCUCAACGAACCCACCCAGCACUGGGGGUCAACCCUGCUCUACCCGGGGCGUGGUGAAGCACUGCCUCAUCGCCAUUGCAUCCCUGGCUGUGUUGGCCACUAUCUUCAUGGUUUCUACCAUUGUCCUAUGCACCAAGCUGUCAGCAAGGAAGUACAAGGUCAAGAAACGUCCGCAGGCUACAGAGAUGAUGUGCAUCUCUGCCCUGCUGCCUGAGAGGAAUUACACCUACACAAGGCAACGCAAUCCUGUCUCUAACGGGGUCCUGGUGAUCCCCAAUGGUCGAGACAGUGACGAGGAGGGAGGAGAUAACCUCACUCUAAGCAGCUUCCUACCAGAAAAUGACCGUAUUGUUUAGAUGGGUUUGCCACUAUUGGCAUGCUCUUCAUCGGACCUCAGACUGGACUGAUCUGGCUGAUGUGAGUGGUGCGGAAACAGCUUCUGUUUUAAUAAACCAAUGCUUCCUCUUUGAUGUUGGUGGUUUUAGCUUGAAUGCACGCCCCAUUCCUGUGCAGGAAGAGACAUAGAAACCAUGAACACACACACAAGAAAAAAAAACAGUUACUGUUUCGUGUGCAUGCACCAUUAACCAUGUCUGACUUUUGAUGAGGUCAGGUCAUCUGAUUUGUAUUUUAAGGAAGAGGGAACGUGUUUUGAAUGAUCUUACACUUGUCCUCCACCGGAGACUUUAAGCCAGGAUGAGGAGCGUGAUCAAAGAUGGGUUUUUUUUUUUUUUAAACAUCCUGAGCUGAACCCUGAUGGUAUUUCAGUCAGCAACGAGAGACAGGAAGACCUCUUCUGUCAAGGGAUCGCUGUUCUUUUCUCUGUUCACUUUACAAGUGCUAUUCUGGUAGCUGUGAGGCUUAAUGGUGUGAAUGCCGUUUUCUCAUUGGUGAUAGACUUUCUGUGACUCUGCUUAUGUGGGUGAUUGUGAAGAGAUUUGGUAUCUGUAUUGGGAUAAGUUAUUAAAUGAGUGUCUUAUAUAGCA